AUGGUAGGGGAACAAGGUGGAAGAGAUGCAUUUAUAACCGAAGGCUUUGACAAUUGGAGUAAAAGAGGCUCAUUCCGGAAACAUAUGGGUAAUAUUCAAAGUUAUCACCAUAACGCCCAAGAAAAGUGUGAUUUGCUAUUGAGAAAAAACCAAUCUAUCGGUGAAGUCUUGCAUAAGCAAACAGAACUUGAGAAAAGUAAUUAUGAAAUUCGAUUACGUGCUACAAUCCGUAGUUGUAGAUUUUUAUUGAAAAAUACAUUACCAUUUCGUGGACAUGAUGAGACAGAAAAGUCUAAUAAUAAAGGACUUUUCAUUGAAGUAUUAUCUUUGAUUAGAGAAGAUAAUAAGAAGAUUUUUAAAGUUACUUUAGAAAAUGCUCCAAAAAAUGAAAAGUUGACUUCUCCCACGAUUCAAAAAGAUAUUGUCGAUUGUUUUUCAAAAGAGAUAAUCAAGUCUAUUUGUGAUGAAAUUGGGAUUGUAAAGGAAAGAUUUAUUGGAAUUGUUCACGUGUUGGAUACAUAUUCUUUGAUUCUUAAAGCCACCAUUGAUACCGUAUUUUCCAACAAUAACUUGAGUAUGACUCAGAUGAGGGGACAAGGUUAUGAUGGAGCAAGUAAUAUGAGUGGUGCAUUCAACGGUUUGAAAUCUUUGAUUUUAAAUGAAAACAAUUAUGCGCAUUAUAUACAUUGUUUUGCACACCAACUUCAAUUAGUGGUUGUGGCGGUUGCAAAGAAACAUGAUGAUGUUGAUGAAUUCUUUGAACAACUAGCUUUGGUGGUUACUGUCAUUUGUGAAACAGGAAAAGGGUUGAAUCGAGAGAUUUCUCUUGUUCGAGCUGGAGAUACUAGAUGGGGUUCACAUUUUAGAACAAUUGUAAGUUUGGUGAAUUUGUUUGCAGAAGUUGUUGCGGUACUUAAAUAUGUCAAAGAGGAGGGGUCUACUUUAUCUAACCGUAAUCAAGCAAAGGAUAUGCAAAUUCAAGAAUUUGGGGAUAGAUUUAAUGAAGGUGGCACGGAGUUGAUGGAGAACAUGGCGACAUUGAGUCCUUGUGACUCAUUUUCUAGUUUUGAUAAAACAAAAUUGUUAAAGCUAACUGAGAUAUACAAAAACUAUUUUGACGAUUCAGAAAGGGCGCAACUUAAUGGACAACUUGAUAUCUAUUAUCACUCUUUGCUCCAUGAUGAAAGAUUUUUCAACUUGAAUGGAAUUGCCGACCUCUCUCGUUUGUUGGUGAAAACCGGGAAGCACCUCUCUUUUCCUUUGGUUUAUAGAUUAUUAAAACUAGCUUUGGUUUUGCCCGUCGCAACCGCAACCGUUGAACGGUGUUUUUCUGCAAUGAAGUUCUUGAAGACCGAUUUGCGUAAUAGAAUAGGUGACAAUUUUAUGAAUGGUGCUUUGGUUUGUAGUGUAGAAAAAGAAGCACUAGAGAAUGUUAAGACUGAAAAUGUAAUUACUCGCUUUCGUAAAAUGAAAGAUCGAAGAGGUGAACUUUAA